UGUAGUGUUUCGAAUACUGCACACUUCGUGUGAAUAUUACUGACGGUGUUUACAGAGAAAACAUAAGUUUGUAAAAAUCUACUUUUUCAUGAAAUAGCGCUAUUAGCAGCAGUUUCACCAUGCUGCUGCAUACUGACCAGGUGUCCUUCAUCGGCCAAGUAUUUGAGGAUUUUGUGACUGAACACCACCGUGCCGACCUACUUCACAUCCUGCAGCAGCCUGAUGAGGACCGUCACUACCCUGUGGUAGUGGAUGCCAUGACUCUAUUUGAGGCCAACAUGGAGGUGGCAGAGUACUUCAACGCUUUCCCUGCUGAGGUGCUGUCCGUGUUUGACAAUGCCCUGCACAGGGCUGCCACAGCUGUCCUACAGUCCACCUCGCCAGAACUGGGAUGCCAGAUCAAGCGGAACCUCCAUGCCAGGAUCUCAGGCUUGCCUGUUUGUCCCGAGCUGACACGCGAUCACAUCCCCAAGUCCCACGAUGUCGGUCACUUCCUGUCUGUCACGGGCACUGUCAUCCGCACCAGUGUCCCCAAGGUGCUGGAAUACGAGCGGGACUAUAUGUGUACCCGCUGCAGGCAUGUGUUCACCGUCCAGGCUGACUUUGAGCAAUUCUACACCUUCACACCACCAACCUCCUGUCCCAAUGAGGAGGGCUGCAACUCCUUCAAGUUCUCCUGCCUGUCAGAUGGCUCGUCCUCACCAUCCGGCUGCAGAGAUUACCAGGAAAUCAAGAUCCAGGAGCAGGCACAGAAACUGUCAGUGGGCAGCAUUCCUCGGUCCAUGCUGGUGAUCCUGGAGGACGAUCUGGUGGACAGCUGUAAAUCUGGGGAUGAUGUCACGGUGUAUGGCGUCGUACGUCAGCGGUGGAGACCGCUGUACCAGGACUCUCGCUGCGACCUGGAGGUCGUCCUCAAGGCCAACUUUGUGGAGGUCAAUAAUGAGCAGUCCACCGCAGCUUUGGUUAUAGAGGAUGUCCAGAAGGAGUUUGAGGAAUUCUGGGAAAAAUACAAAGACAAUCCAUUAGAAGGUAGGAACCAGAUCCUCAUGAGCCUGUGUCCACAGGUGUUUGGGAUGUAUGUGGUCAAGCUCGCAGUUGCCCUGGUGUUGGCAGGUGGGGUCCACAGGGCAGAUACCUCCGGGACAAAGGUCAGAGGUGAGUCUCACCUGUUGUUAGUGGGAGACCCAGGCACUGGGAAGUCGCAGUUUUUGAAAUACGCUGCAAAGAUCACGCCCCGCUCUGUCCUCACAGCAGGGAUUGGCUCCACAAAUGCAGGACUGACUGUGGCGGCAGUCAGAGACUCUGGAGAGUGGCACCUUGAGGCAGGAGCGCUGGUUCUGUCUGACGGUGGGCUCUGCUGCAUUGACGAAUUCAACAGCAUCAAGGAGCAGGAUCGCACCAGCAUCCAUGAAGCCAUGGAGCAGCAGACCAUCAGUGUAGCCAAGGCUGGCAUGGUGUGCAAGCUGAAUACCAGGACCACUAUUCUGGCAGCAACCAAUCCGAAGGGCCAGUACGACCCUGAAAUCCCGCUCUCCGUCAACGUGGCACUGGCCAGCCCACUCCUGAGCCGCUUUGACCUGGUCUUGGUUUUGCUAGACACCAAGAACCCAGAGUGGGACAGGGUCAUCUCCUCCUUCAUCCUGCAGAACAAGGGGCUCCCCAACUGCCCCAACUCCCUGUGGGGCAUGGAGAAGAUGAAGGCCUACUUCUGCAUGGCCAAGAGCCUGCAGCCACGUACACUGGAGGAGGCCAGCACCGUGCUGGCACGCUACUACCAGCUGCAGCGGCGCAGCGAGAGCCGCAACGUGGCCCGGACCACCAUCCGCAUGCUGGAGAGCCUGGGACGCCUGGCAGAAGCACAUGCACGACUGAUGUUCCGGGAAACGGUUACAGUUGAGGAUGCUGUUGUUGUCAUUUCGGUGAUGGAGUGUUCCAUGCAGGGGGGUGCUCUCAUGGGAGAGGUGAAUGCACUACACACUUCGUUCCCCGACAAUCCGACUGAACAGUAUCGGACACAGUGUACAAUCAUACUGGAAGCACUGGGUUUGAACAAUCUGCUCAAACGGGAGCUGGACAGAUUGUCAAGGCUGCAAAACAUAUGCAAAAAUCAUGCUGAAGCAACAGUCAAAAAUCAAAAGCCAGAAAAGAACAGGAGGGAUGAUGUGGACCAGGAAGCCCCCCUGUCACUGACUCAAAAUGGAUCAGAUCAUGGUCUGGACUGGUUCAACUCCUUGGUUGGUCCAGCAGGGACCAACUCCUCUGUACAAAUUUCACCAAUCUCCAGGUCUCCACCCAGAACCUCAGUAGAACCCAGUGACAGGAUGAAGGAGAACACAGCUGCAGCACAGGGCAGCAACAGGGAGACCUCGGCAGCUGAGGGCUGUGAGGAGGAGGGCACAGCAACUAUAGCAGCUCAGAGCCACAAGAUAGACACUACAUCUGAUGGAGAUCAACCAACCAGUGUAAUUUCACAGAUUGUCCAAGCAGGUUGCACAUUCAGUUCUCCAGCAGGUGGAUCUAGUUCUGUUGUGGAGAAGGUUUCCAAGAAGCUGCGUGGCCGAAGGCUUCGGGCAAUGGCUGGUGGGGCCCUUGGACCAGCAGGGGCAGAGGUGGACUUGUUGGAUGAUCUGGAGCCAUCUUCCUUCCCUAACUGGCCAUCACACAGCACUCCUGUGGCUGCUAAGAAGCCACUGCUGAAGAAGAGGAGCACUGUGGAGAACUCCUCCUCAGCUGAUUGGCAUGAUGGUCAAGGAAAAAAGGAGACCAGUGGUGGGCCACAGAUCACACUCACUGGAUUUACCUUCUGUCCCAGGGAGAAGCUGACCCAUACAACCAGUGUGCACAACAAUGAUUGUGGCCUCCAUGUUGGUGAAUCCCAUAAACCAAAAGAACUAAACGCAAUCCUGGCCAGUGAGGUGCUCCAAGACCCAGAAAGCAGCAAUGUACAGUGUUUGCAAUCAGUGGGACAGGAGGCUGGAAGCAGUGAACUUAAGGGCAGGAAAGGAGGUGGUGCAGGAGAAUUGUUAGAGGGAAGCAGCGAGAGUUCCAAGCUUAGCCGUAAAGUCAUGGCUGAGAUGGAAGGUGGAACCUCUUCAUCUGAGGGGCUGCAUCACCAGAAUGGGAAGAAGGCAGGUCCAACAGUGACAAGUGAGGCAGAUAUAAAGGAGCACAAAUUACAGAGGUUGCUCCAGAGGCUGAGCACUGCAACACCUUCCAACAGCCACACUCAGGCUAGCAGCCCUACCCAUACAAGUUCUUCUGCGACAAAGGUGUCUGCAUCCAGCCUGGCCAAGCUCUCCUGCUUCUCUUUCGUGGCAUCAAACGAGGAGAAAGAGCUUCCAGUGCCAUCAGUGGUGCAAAAUGAGCCCACCAGAACCAGUGGUGGUCAGGACUCUAUAGAAGGGCAUGCUUUGAACACCAGGAAGAGGAAGUGCUUUGAGCUUGGCUCUGGGGGAUCUAAAGUUCUUACUGGUCAGUCUCUAUUCAGCUCCUCAGUCAUAGAUGAUGCAGAUUUUGAGGUGGACUGGGAGAAGGAGUCUAAUAAGAGAACCAGAGUAUGA